CUUGUUGUAGAUCUGAGACUUCCCUUAUUUUAUAAUUAUUGAGGGAUCUCAAUUCUGCCCAACCAAUAUCAACUUGACACGUAUUUCAUAUUCUGUUGACCAAGCGAGCUCCCAACCCAAAACACAGUCAUCUUGACUGCCUGAGCAGGCAAUUGAAGAUCAGGAGUGUGGUCAGGACUCAGGACUACCGAUUUCAAAUUCAGCAUUCAGAUAAUUUUGGAGUUGAGAAAGUUGAUCUUUAGUUCCUGUGAAAAUGGCGACAUCCAUAAAUCCAGAGAAAUUCCUGCCCAAGUUGUUGGUACUUGUGAGCCAAGCCAAGGCUGUAGCAGGAACAGAGGGUGAACGCUUUGAAAAUUUAAAAAAGCAGCUUGAUGAUGUGAUCACUGAUGGUUUGCUAACCAAAGUCAAGCUCUUGGAUCAAAUUCUAUCAAGGCAAUUCACUUCCUUAGAACGCCGCCUUGGCAAGAUAAUAGUGGGAGCUGAGACCACUAACAGCACUGUGGAGGCAAUCAACCAAGCACUUGAUUCUAUGGAUAAAGAUGUCCAGAAGAUAAAACAGUGGAUGCAUCUAAGAGAGUUAAUGCCUUCCCCUGAACCCACUCCAGAGCCUCAGGUGAAAUGGGUUCCGGUUGUUCAGUUGGAUUUAGCCAAGGAAAUGUCAAAAAAGUGGUCACAACUAGGCCUGCAGGGUAGGUUUGAUGACAGUUCUACCAUGGCCAAUAUGCGGAGGACAUAUGAAAAUCUUGAGAACUUACAAUUGAAGUUGUGCUUGCUCUCUUUCUCUAUCUUCCCAGAGGGUGCUGUGAUAAAGAAGAGGCCGCUAAUUUACUGGUGGAUUGGUGAGGGCUUCAUCAGAAGUACCCAACAGAAGACAGCAGAAGAGGUAGGUGAAGAGAUCUUUCAAAAUCUUGUGAUGAGGAAGGGUUUGAAUAUUCAACCACAUUUAAAGGCAUCAACAUCAUCCAGAGCAGUUUCAGUGAAUAAUUGUACAAUUCACCCUUGGAUUCGUCGCAUGCUGAUCUCCUUAGCCGGCGAGGCUAAGCUCUUCCAUUUUGAUUCAAGCUGGUCAAGGAUGCCUUCUUAUGAUUCAUCGAAUUGUAGGCAUGCAUGCUUAGUUGCUGAUAACCUAAUUCCUCAAGGAAAUAAUGGUCCAAAAGUGGAUAACUUAUUGACACUGUUCAAUGUAAGUGUGCAAUAUCUUGAUAUGAAAAAAGAAUGGCUCAAUAAAUUGAAGAAGGUCAAGGUUCUUCAGCUUGGACGGUGGCAGAGCUCGGCUAGUUAUCACAUUGAAGUGGAAGAUGAAACAACUCUAAAAGGACUGGGGACUCAGAAGCACUUAAUAUAUCUUAGCCUUCGAGGAAUAUCAAGAGUUUCUCAACUCUAUCCUUCUAUCCUUAAUCUUGUCAGCCUUCAAAUCCUGGAUCUGAGAGCAUGUCACAACUUAGAGACAUUGCCUUCAGAUAUCUCAUCAUUGAAAAAUCUCACACAUUUGGAUUUAUCAGAGUGUUACUUGCUAGAAGGCAUGCCGAAGGGGAUUGAGAAACUCUCUUCCCUACAAGUGCUCAAAGGUUUUCUCAUAGGCCAAAAAUCUGCCUGCAGACUCGGUGAUCUUUCCAAGUUGAAGAAACUCAAGCGGCUCAGUAUACACAUGGGUAAUGUGCUUGAAGCUGUAGAUCAAAAAGAAGAGUUCAAGAAGUUGAAGGACAUUUCGUCUCUUCGCUGCCUCAAAGUAUCGUGGGGAGUAGUUUCUCCAUUGUUAAAAGAAAAAAUCAAGAAGGAACCUUUGGAAUUUUCAUUUCCACCAAAUUUGGAAAAAUUGGAUCUUCAAGGCAUACCUAUGGAACGUGUACCACAGUGGUUGAACCCGAGGCAACUCAAAAAUUUAAAGAAGCUGUACAUAAGGGGUGGGGAACUUGUCAGCUUGGAUCAUACAGAGACUGAUGAAUGGAUGGUUGAAACCUUGCGUCUCAAAUACUUGAAAUUGGAAAUUGACUUGCCGAGGUUGAAGAAAUUGUUUCCUCAUCUGCAGAGAAAAUCAAGUGUCGAUCAUGAGAUUGAAGAAGGCAGAUAUGAUGGAGACAUUGUUUUAUGACCGGAAAAAAAUGUUUAAUUGGAGCAAAGCCGAAGCGAUCGAGGACUCUAGGGACUCGUUUGGUUGAUGGAAAGGAAAUUAGUUCCUUGGUCUUUUGUAUGUACAUGGGAAAAUAAAUUUUCCACUAGUUUCCCUAUGAGGUGUUUGAGAACGUAGGGAAAGUAAUUAUAUUUUAUUUUCCUUUUCAAUGUUUGGUUUAUACAUGGAUAUGAAAGCAAGUAACAUUAAGU